CGCGUUCGAUCGCAGUCGUAAUAAUUCAUGAGGUCACAACUUAGCCAAUCAGGACGUUUAUGUUAAUUUUCAGAGUUUAAAAGCGUUUCUGUACUGUGCGCAAACAUUCUACAUCGAGCGCGUGUUAGCACCGGGACGUGUGGAGGUUGCGAUCAGCCAGCCUUGCUCCUGUCAGCUUUCUGCGCUUGUUUGAGAACUCUUCUCACCGAACACCUGGCAGACUUACCUCUCCACCCCUCAUUCAGGAUUUGAUAGAUUUACUUUCCCUUUGACAGGACAAGCAAGAGCGAGCUCUACGUUUAUUUCGUAUAUUUAUCCAUAUCGCGGUUAAGACAAGUUUGAGUUUGGUUUGAUACUGAGUUGGGAGCUGAUAAUCGUGAUCUCGACCUCUGCAGCGUAGACGGUUUCCGCACGUUUACUGGGCGCCAAUUCGCCAUGUCCUCCGGUGAUGGCACGGAGCAGAGUCGGCGGUUCUGUGUUUUGUCCUGGGAACAGGUUCAGCGUUUGGACUCCAUCCUCGGUGAGACCGUGCCGAUUCACGGCCGCGGAAACUUCCCCACGCUCUCCGUGCAACCCCGGCAAAUUGUACAGGUGGUGCGGGCGCGACUGGAGGAGAGGGGCGUGGCGGUUCGGGACGUGAAGCUGAACGGUUCGGCUGCGAGCCACGUGCUGCACCAGGACACGGGCCUGGGCUACAAGGACCUGGACCUGAUCUUCGGGGUGAGCCUGACGGACGACCGCGCCUUCCGGCUGGUCAAGGACGUGGUGCUGGACUGCCUGCUGGACUUCCUCCCGCCGGGGGUCAACAGGGACCGCAUUACCCCGCUCACCCUGAAGGAGGUGUACGUGCAGAAGCUGGUGAAGGUGUGCAACGACUCGGACCGCUGGAGCCUCAUCUCUCUGUCCAACAACACCGGCAAGAACGUGGAGCUGAAGUUCGUGGACUCGCUGCGGCGGCAGUUUGAGUUCAGCGUGGACUCCUUCCAGAUCGCGCUCGACUCGCUGCUGCUGUUCGACCGCUGCUCGGCCACGCCCAUGUCGGAGAGCUUCCACCCCAGCGUGCGCGGCGAGAGCAUGUACGGCGACUUCCAGGAGGCGCUGCGGCACCUGCGCGGCCGGACCAUCGCCACGCGCAGCCCGGAGGAGAUCCGCGGCGGCGGGCUGCUCAAAUACUGCCACCUGCUGGUGCGGGGGUUCCGCGCGGCCUCGCCCGCCGAGAUGAAGUCGCUGCAGCGCUACAUGUGCUCGCGCUUCUUCAUCGACUUCCCCGACAUCGGCGAGCAGCAGCGCAAGCUGGAGGCCUACCUGCAGAACCACUUUGCGGGCAUGGAGCACCGGCGGUACGACUGCCUGGCCACGCUGCACCGCGUGGUGAACGAGAGCACGGUGUGCCUCAUGGGCCACGAGCGGCGGCAGACCCUCGCCCUCAUCUCCGCGCUGGCGCUGCGCGUGCUCGCCGAGCAGAACGCCAUCCCCGCCAACGUCACCUGCUACUACCAGCCCGCCCCCUACGUGCAGGACAUCAACUUCAACAACUACUACAUCGCUCAUGCCCCGCCCCUAGUGGCCACCUGCAGGAACUCCUACCAAACGUGGCUGCCCUGCAACUGACACACACGCCCUGAACUAACGCAGAGGGGAGGGGGGAGUUUGGCCACACCCCCACCUCACCCUGUUUUUUAUUCUCCUUGGGGGGGAUGUGGGGAGGGGGGGUGUGCUUGAGCUUUUGGCAGCAGUGAUUUCUUUUUUAAAAACUUGUAAUGAAAUGAACUUGUGGGGGGAAAAAAAGAGAAAAAGGAAAAAAAAUCAUUUUUGCCAAAUGUGACUCAGCUGAACUUCUACUGCUGUAUGUUUGAUUGGAGCCAUCAUAUAAAUAUAAAUAUGAAUAUAUAUAUUUUUGUUUGUUUUAAGGUUGCUGGUUCUUCUCUUGUGUAGCAGGAGUCGGGACAGGACUGGAGGAGUCUUUUAUUUCCUUGUGUAAAUUUUAAAAAAUCUUAAAAGGCUAAAUACUUUUAAAAAAAACAAAUCAUCUGUAUCCUUUUCAGACUGUGGUUUAAAUCUUCCUGCUUUUUCAGGAACUUUUAACGGACCAAAGAUUGUGUUUAGAAGUAAAUCUGACCAUUUAUUUCAAGUGCCUGAAACUACCCGACCGCCCAACACAACCGAAACCCUGUGAGCAGCGGACUGUGCCCCUGUGAGAGCGGACUGUGCCCCUGUGAGCAGCGGACUGUGCCCCUGUGAGCAGCGGACUGUGCCCCUGUGAGCAGCGGACUGUGCCCCUGUGAGAAACGGACUGUGCCCCUGUGAGAGCGGACUGUGCCCCUGUGAGAGCGCACUGUGCCCCUGUGAGAGCGCACUGUGCCCCUGUGAGAGCGCACUGUGCCCCUGUGAGAGCGCACUGUGCCCCUGUGAGAGCGCACUGUGCCCCUGUGAGAGCGCACUGUGCCCCUGUGAGAGCGCACUGUGCCCCUGUGAGAGCGCACUGUGCCCCUGUGAGAGUGGACUGUGCCCCUGUGAGAGUGGACUGUGCCCCUGUGAGAGUGGACUGUGCCCCUGUGAGAAACGGACUGUGCCCCUGUGAGAGCGGACUGUGCUCCUGUGAGCAGCGGACUGUGCCCCUGUGAGAGCGCACUGUGCCCCUGUGAGAGCGCACUGUGCCCCUGUGAGCAGCGGACUGUGCCCCUGUGAGAGCGCACUGUGCCCCUGUGAGAGCGCACUGUGCCCCUGUGAGAGCGCACUGUGCCCCUGUGAGAGCGCACUGUGCCCCUGUGAGCAGCGGACUGUGCCCCUGUGAGAGCGCACUGUGCCCCUGUGAGCAGCGGACUGUGCCCCUGUGAGAGCGCACUGUGCCCCUGUGAGAGCGCACUGUGCCCCUGUGAGAGCGCACUGUGCCCCUGUGAGCAGCGGACUGUGCCCCUGUGAGAGCGCACUGUGCCCCUGUGAGAGCGCACUGUGCCCCUGUGAGAGCGCACUGUGCCCCUGUGAGAGCGCACUGUGCCCCUGUGAGAGCGCACUGUGCCCCUGUGAGAGCGCACUGUGCCCCUGUGAGAGCAGACUGUGCCCCUGUGAGCAGCGGACUGUGCCCCUGUGAGCAGCGGACUGUGCCCCUGUGAGAGCGCACUGUGCCCCUGUGAGCAGCAGACUGUGCCCCUGUGAGAGAGGACUGUGCCCCUGUGAGAGUGGACUGUGCCCCUGUGAGAGAGGACUGUGCCCCUGUGAGAGUGGACUGUGCCCCUGUGAGAAACGGACUGUGCCCCUGUGAGAGUGGACUGUGCCCCUGUGAGAGCGGACUGUGCCCCUGUGAGCAGCGGACUGUGCCCUGUGAGCAGCGGACUGUGCCCCUGUGAGAGCAGACUGUGCCCUGUGAGCAGCGGACUGUGCCCCUGUGAGAGCAGACUGUGCCCCUGUGAGAAACGGACUGUGCUGUGUUAAGAGAUUUCUGUCUUCUAGUUUACUAUAAAUAUCUAUUUUCAGGGACAGAGGUGUCCUCUUCAGAUUAUUAAAAAGGAAAA